GACAAAAGGCAUCUUAAAAAGUGUGCCGAAGCUUAAUUUUUCUAUCCUAUCACAAUUCUUUCGAUUAGCAUAUAUAAAAAGAACUAUACGAAAACAAGAUGGAGAUUGCGGUGUUGUCGAAAUUCAUGUUCGAUGAACCAUCGGUUUGGGUGACAGUUGCGACGGUGAUGACAUUGUUAUCUACGGUUUACUUGGGGUUUGCGGAGAUUAUAGGGAGUCAUCUUCAGUAUUCCAAAUUUACAAACUCUUCAGCUAAACAAGCUGUUGCUGCUGGUACAAAGGUUUCGAGCCGAACGGGUAUGCUGAUGCUUUAUACGCCUGCGUUUGUUGCCGGAGUUGUUUCAUUCUUUGUCUUCCCGGGUGGUGGUGUUAGAUUCUUCUUGCUCAAAGUUGUUGUCACCUUUCAUUUCUUCAAGAGAGAUUUUGAGGUUUUGUUUGUUCACAAGUAUAGUGGAAACAUGGGUUUAGGUUCAACUAUCCUCAUCUCUAUAUUCUAUUUCUACGUUGCUACAAGCUUGAUAGUCGUCCACUAUAUGAGCCUAGGGCUCCCUGAGCCACCCAUCGAUCUAAAAUACGUCGGCGUGAUCAUGUUUACCGUGGGAAUCAUCGGAAACUUUUAUCACCACAAUCUCCUCGCGAAACUAAGAACAGACAAGGAAAAGGAGUACAAGAUUCCUCGUGGAGGGCUGUUUAAUCUCGUUAUUUGCCCUCAUUAUUCGUUUGAAAUAUUGAUCUUCUACGGGUUUGCCUUUAUUAGUCAGACGCCAUUGGCGUUUGCGUGUGCUCUUGGUGAUUCUUGUUACUUGAUUGCAAGGAGUUACCAGACCAGAAACUGGUAUGUAAACAAGUUUGAAGAUUUUCCUGCAAGCAUCAAGCGUCUCAUCCCAUAUGUUUUUUGAAUAGGUUCAUAGUUGGGAUAGUUUAAAUUCUUGAAUUAAUGUAUGUUGUAUUUGGAAAUUCGGUCGAUUGUAAUUUCAUUUUAUACACAUUAGUUUGAAUUUCGUUUUAUUUUGUAUA